AAUGAAAAUAAAACGUAGUAUUAGUAGAUUAGAAACUCAUUUUCGCAUGUUUUUAAUCACGAAAUAAUGCAUUGCACGUUGUAUUGCAUCAUGUCAAGCGGUCUUAAAAAUACACGUGGUGUGCAGUAUUAAUCUAAAAUUUACCAAAAACCGGCGUCUGCGCAAAUUUUCUCCAUCCACGCGGUUUCCCUGAUCUUAUGGUGCAUUCUCAGUGGAACAGUGAUGAAGGUAGGUCGGUAAGUCACGUAGACUUAGAAGUUUAAAAUGGAAACUCGUUUUUUGUGUAUAUACUAGGAGUGCAUUAUCGAUGUGUGUGUGUGUUUAAUUUAAUAGUGAGUUAUGUGAAUUUGUUUGAGUGCCACUUGGGUUACUAGUUUUUAUUUCUAAAUAUGGUGGAAUCUGAGUUCAACGAUGACACCUGGGAAGAUUUUUUUGGCUCAUCGCAGGAAUUGAUGCCGACUAUUAUGGGAGCAUUUGAUGCUAUAAUAGGAAGCGAAACGAAAGAAAACGAACUCGAUUUAGACUCGAAAACCAGUACACCGAGACGUAGUCAUCAAAUCAGUAAUUUCGCUAAUUUAUCUCCAUACGUACAAAAAGUAUUGUCCAACGUACCUGAACAGGAAAUAAGUAGAAAGUUUUCUUCGGAAGAAACUUUGGGACCAAAAAGAUUCAAUACGAAGAGUACCUACCGUUCAUUCAGGUCUCCCGACAAACAUAUCAAUAAAUCCAACGAAAAUUUGGAAAUUAUAUCAACUAAUGUCCAAAAGAUGUUGUCGAAUCUUCCUGAUACCGAGCUGGUAAUCAGCGCUAGUAAUUUAAAUCUAACGAGAAACAGUUCCUAUUUAUUUAACUCGUCCAGUAGAACGGAGUUUCUUAAACAGAUCCUCGCUAAUGGAGAAAAAACCAGCGAAGAACCGAAAACAAAACAGUUUUUGUAUCAUUCGGACGGUGCUGCUAGCGGUAAUAAUAGUGAUAGAAUAGAUGCAGACGACGUUAAAUGUUGUGCUAGUGCUAGUGAACAUUUUGAUAAUUGUGAUAAUUACGAUCAAAAACCUUUAGGAAGUUAUUUACACAGUUCACAAGGUAUCGCUUCAAGAACGCCAGUCGGAAGGAAAAAUGUAGGAAAAUAUUUACAGGUUCCUAGUGAAAAUAGUGUAGGAAAUACCAGUAGCACGACGUCUUCAGAAGUAUCUAGACCCGUGUCUUUAACUAGCUUAGGCUCCUGCUCUUCUAGUGGUAGCAGCGGCCAUAAUCAGCCAGGCUCAGCGUAUUUAGCAUCCGCGGAAAGCUUGGAUAGUGAUCCCGAACCAUCAGGAAGUCAAGGAUCAGCAGAUAGUGGUAUUGCUGUACAAGAACAAUCAAUCAUAAGUCCCGAGUCCAGAGUACUUCACGAGGUCUUGGAAACAGAAACUGUGUACGUAGAAGAUUUAAACGAAGUCAUAACGGGUUAUUUAGAUCCUUGGAAAUCCGAUCCAGAGUGUCCAUUAGCUGAAUACCUGUCGCAUUUGUUCAGUAAUCUAGAGAAGAUAUAUAAGUUUAAUAGGAGUUUUUUAAAAGAUUUGAAAGAAGCUGAAGGGGAAGCUACUAAAACAGCCAACUGCUUCCUUCACCACGACUCUGGUUUCUCAGUGUACAACGAAUAUUGUCAAAACUAUCCCCGAACUAUGGAAGUUCUGGGUCGUUUGACUAGAGAUGAAAAAAUGGCUGCACUAUUUCGAGAAAAGCAACUUGAGUUAGGACACGCUUUACCAUUAGGAUCUUAUUUACUUAAGCCCGUGCAACGGAUUUUGAAGUAUCAUCUUUUAUUACAGAGGCUCUCGAAGCAAUGCGAUCCGACGCACAAACCAACGGUAGAUUUAGCUCUAACGACAAUGACAGGUAUCGCUUCGGAUAUAAAUAAUAUGAAAAGAAAGAAUGAGGAUGCAGUCAGAGUUCAAGAAAUUCAAGCCCAGUUGUACGGGUGGAACGGACCGGAUCUUACAGCUUUAGGAGAAUUGAUAGCAGAAGGAACUUUCAGGGUAGUUGGAGCAAGAGGUCGAAGACACGUGUUUCUAUUUGAGAAAGUUUUGCUGUUAGCUAAAAAUAAACAAGGGGGAGCUCUUGCUUAUAAGAGUCAUAUUAUGACUUCCAAUUUAAUGUUGGUGGAACAAGUUAGAGGUGAACCUCUGUCGUUUCAAGUUAUACCUUUCGACAAUCCACGUUUACAGUCGACGCUGAAAGCCAGAUCGCCACAGCACAAAAGAGAAUGGACUUUGCAAAUAAAAAGAGUUAUUUUAGAAAAUUAUACAGCCGUCAUUCCAAAUCACGCUAGGCAAUUAGUUUUACAGCUCGGACAAGAGUUGAAUGAAACAGAAGACACCAACAACGACAAAUGGUUACCCCUAAAACAAUACUCGACCCCAAACUACUUAGAAAGAAGAAGCAGAGUAAGAAAAACGAGAGACUUCGCCAACAGAAGAGCGGCAUCUCAAGAUCGUACAUUCCCUACUUUAACCAAUUGGAGAAGAAAGUCUGAACCGAGUAUGGUACCGCAGUACAACCCCAAAAAAACAUUAAAAAUAAAAAAACAAAAAGAAAUUCAGAACGCUACUUUUUACACUGAUUUAUCUGAUUCUGAAAAUUGUGCUGAUGAAUCAAUGGAAAAUUUACAGCAGAGUCAAAACGAGGUAGCCCCAAAUGAAUCGAAUAAUGAGGAUAAGACUGAUGAGUGCGUUAAAAAUAAUUUGGAAAAAAUCGUUUCUGAUAUUUUAAUGCAAAAUCAAACUUUUCAGAAGGCGUUUUGUAGACAAAUUAGCAGGAAGAGUCUUACCAGCGAUCCAACAUCCGUAUGGUAUGAAGAUAAAGUGAAAUUGCCAACAAAAGCCGAUUCUUUACCGCGAUCUUUUCAACUAUAUGAUCAACCAGAUUCGAAUGAUGCAAUCGACGGUCGAAACGACAAACUUCUAGAUAUGUCAUUGAAGGAGGAUCCCGAUAUAGAGGUUGAAGAACAACAAGAUAAUGAUUUCUCAUCUCAACUCAGUGACGCUGAGCAUCCCGAUCACAAAAUUUAUCGCAAAUCAGCAAUUAGAUUCAGUAUUCUCCAGAGAAUUCGACAUAUUAUGACGGAAGAACAAAAAAGAACCCAAAAAUUCCCAGUAUAUCAACAGGGAUCUAAAAGAAUGGGAGAAAAAAUCGCUCAUCCGGAUUAUGUAGAUCCACAGAAAUUAUUUUUAGGUUCAGCUAAUUGCAGUCAAGUUGAUCUCACAGAAUACAAAAUCGAAGAUUGCGAUAUACUGGGUGAACCAGAACAAUUAGAUUUAUCAAUAUGCGAAAAAGAUGUACUUAACGAGCUCGAAAAGAGGUUGAAUGGAGGCAGUAGUGUUCCUGAUACUGGUCAGACUCUGAACUCUAGUCACAGUUUAAAUUCUAGUCAAAUUUCCGAUAGUUAUUAUGAAAAUAUUUUAGAAGACUCUUUAAAGGAGGAAUACGUUGAAGAUUCCACUGGAAAACUGGUAGCUAAACAGGACUCAUUCAGUAGCAACGAAGAAAAACAAAAACCUAACCAAAAAUCACUGUUUGAUAAGCGACCUGCGAUCAAGAGGCCUACCAAAGCACCGCCGCCAAUACCUCAAAAACCUGCAAGAUUAAGUCAAAAUGUUGGUUCGAUUAAAUUCGUCACUGAAAAAACUAGUUUUAAGAAUGUAACUCAACUACGUACUGCUGGAACUAGCACAACGAGGGUACAGGACGUCGUUAGUACUGUUACAAAUAGUACGACUAGUACUACUUCAAAUUCUAGUUGGGUUAAAGCGAUGGUUGGAAGAUUUGAAUGAUUAAAGUAUUAGAAAUAGGAUGAUUAGUUAGUCAGAUUAUUUUUAGCCAUAAAGAAAUUAUAAAAUGGGCUGGAAAUCCCAAAAGAUGGUGUGAAAAUGAAACAAAGUGAUUUAGUAGUAAAAAACAUAUAAAAAGAGAUUAAAUAAAUUUUAUAAAUAUAUAUAAAAGAAUAUCCAUUUGUAGUUUAUUUAGAAAAAAUGUUAAUGCAACAUAACUAUAUCAUAGAGGUUUGCUUAACAAAUCUAGAUAAUAUUUUGUAUGAUAAUCAAUUCAAGGUUUAAUUAGUAAAUGUUAACCUUAGAUACAGUUAGAAAGCAUUUUUUUUCAGUUACGGUUGUUUUAGUUCAAAGCUCAUUGUACAAAAUUCUUGUAAUGUAUAACAGCAUCUCCCACCCUUAAAUGUUAGAGGAGUAGUCGUAAAGUCGAGACCAUGUAACUUAGUUCGAUCCUUAGAAAUGUACAUCAAUAUACAAAUUAUAAACUAAAUAUCAUUAUAACAAAUUAGCCCUUCGAAUACAACCAACACUCGUCAUCAAUAUUUUACGAGUUCAUUUUUUGCAACCCAAUAGUUUGACUGUUCUUUUUUCUAAAGAGUGUAGUUGUAGUAGUGUUUUCCUCGAUAUCGGACUGGCUUUUGACAGAGUGUGGUAUCAAGGACUGCUAUACAAGAUUAAAAGAUUUCUUUCCUCAAACUACUACUCACUUCUGAAAUUUUACCCAACCAAACCUAAUUAAAGUUGAUGAGGAAAUAUCCGAACAUUUUACUAUAGCAGAAGGGGUGCCACAGGGUAGCGUAGUAAAGAAAUAAUUAGUAACGAUAGAAGAAGCAAAUAUUCAUCUCUUCUAUUGACUGUCAUAGUCUUCUUUUUUCAUCUUCUUGGUGAUUUUUUGGCCUCUACUGUUUUUUCUAUUCGACAGCUACUGGUUACGCAACUUGAUUGCCUCGUCUAAUAAGGCCGUAAAAUAUCAUGAUUGCAUGGGCCAACAUGGACGUCGUGGGCUUUUUAUUAGCGUUAGUCACGACAUUACUAGAGAUAUUUUUGCUGCCACCACAACGAUCGUAGUCUCUAUGUGGAACCCUUAAUGAAUUACUUUAUUUUUUAUAUUCAUUAUGGAGUAAAAUUAAUAAGUUUCUUAUUUACACAGUUGUUAAUAAUACUUCUUCAAGCAAACUAUACUGAAAAAAGCACAACUUAUUGAACUUUUAUUUUUUUUUUAAAUUAUUAUUUACAUAAAUAAUGACAAUAAUUGUUAUGUGACAAUAAACGUAGAUUUAGUGGGGCAACACGAAUCACGAAUGUGCUCAAGACAAUAACAAAUAAAACUGACUAGCUAGUUAAACUAUUAGGUUCAUUGUGCUAUAUUGUGGCUGUUGUUGAAUGAUGAUUAAUUUUCCAUAUAGAAUUUUCCAAAUAGAAUUUUCCAAUUAUUCUCAAAUCUUUAGUGUUAAGACCCCAGAAAUUAAAGCGGGGUAAUGUAACAACUCAAAAGAAUGGGAAAUAUUAACUAUAUCACCCUUUGUCACCUCAUAUUUGAUCCCGGGGUUCAAUAACCUUUUUAAGUAUCCUCUAUGGGUCUUAACAGGGCCCAGUAUUUUCCUUAUGAUAUAUAUAUAUAUAUAUAUAUAUAUAUAUAUAUAUAUAUAUAUAUAUAUAUAUAUAUAUAUAUAUAUACCAGGACGGGUAGUCUUUGCUGACUAGUUAGAACAAACAACCAAUAUAUUGGGGGUUGCAGGAAAUUUGGAAAUUGAGAACUCUUUAUUAAACUAUCCUAUCAUCAGGGGGAGUUUCUCAAAUCUCAAAUUAUUGAUUUGAAUCGUCGACAUCACGAGGUAUUUUUUGAAAAUAUUGUCCAACAUUUACGUCAAUCUUAAUUACAUAUUUUUAAAUAUUGACAACCAAACUAAUGUGAAUAAUAAUUCAUAAACCUUAACAUCUACCAUGGUUUAUUCCGUUAUAAAGAAACCUAGGUUUUCAUCCUCUAUUUGAACUUUCCCUGAUGAUGGGAAGAACAUUUCCCGAAAACUUCUCAUUUUCAAAAUUUGCUGCAAUCCCCAAUAUAUUACUUUAUAUACAAAUAUACAAAAUGAGUCACUUACUUAGUACGAUAUUUACUGGAUUAACGGUGACAUUUUGCAAAAUUCUUUUCUCUUAUUCUUGAUUGAUACUCUCCACGAGGGAUCGCAGUGCAAGAGUGUGUAUUGUGGACUCACCUCGCUUUAUUGUCGCUCCGCACCGUGUGGGUUUUCGUGAAUAUAGAAUAAAUCGAGAGUGUGAAUGGAUAGAAGUCCUGUCGCCCACGCUCAUUAAGAUACGUGUCGAGUGCCUCUGGGAGGCGCCGUGCGAAUCUCAUAGAUUUUGAUGACUUUCUAAAAUUAUUACCAUUCAUACCGGAUGUCAUAAAAGUAGUUAGACGAAUAAAACAUACGAUUUUUUAAGUGGAACGCUCUAUAUUUAUCCUACUAUGAAAGUAAUUAUGUCCAUUAUCAACUGAAAUGGAGAUUUAGCAUAGAAGUAGAAUCCUUAUGAACCCAUUCAAUUUAGAAUGCAAAGGGUUAACUAAGUUUAAGAUAUCCUGUAUGGUUGAAAAUAAUUUUAGAUGGUAGGCGUAAUUCAUGUUCAAAUGGCUGCGAGAAAAAAUUUGAAAAAAAUCACCGUUUGCACUGUAUAAAUACAAUUGACUCACCCUUUAUACAGUGUGUCUACUUAAGUUGGAACCAUAUGGAAAACUUUUUUAUUAGUGGUUUUAUGAAAAAAAGUUAUUCUUGAUAAAAAGUUCUACAUAGUCCAAAAGUUGAAAUACAACCAUCAGACAUCAAUUUUUUAAAGUAGUAUACGAGGUUUGUCAAAAAAAUUUUUACAACUUAGAAAAAUGUUAUAAAGUUGUUUUGAAUUAAAAAUUAUAUUCAAAUUGGCAAUUACAGCCAUUUAUUAAGAAAUGUCAGAGUGACUUAUUGCUUAUAACAUUACAAUAAAAAUGGCAAAUUUACUAAAUCGUGAGGAAAAAUUGGAACUUGUGUUAAUUGUUGGGACAGAUACUUUACUCUUGCACGAAAUUCAAAUUUUUUUACAAACCUCUUAUACUGCUUAAAAAAAUUGAUACCUGAUGGCUGCAUCUUGACUUUUGGACCAUGCAGUACUUUUUAUCAAGAAUAACUUUUUACUAAAACCACUAAUAAGAAAGUUUUGGUUCCAUAUGGUUCCGACUUAAGUAGACACACUGUAUAAUGAAAUCUUGUAUGUGUUUUAUGAAUACAGGUUGCUUCAAACUUUACAUUAUAAAACGUAAUAUGUAAAAUCAGUGUUUCUAUAAUAUUUAUCAUUUCAUUAAUUUUCUUUGAUCGUAAAAUAAUUAUUAAUUGAAUGUUACUCUAAUUACCUCGUUGAUCUUAUGUACCUAUAAAAAGUGGAAUUAUAAAAUAUGCACAAAAUAUUUGGGGAACUUCAAACUUUAAAAUUUUUAAACAAAUAAAAAAAUAUUCCUGUUCCAAAUUUCUUGAAAUGAGGCUGAGGCUAUUUCAAUGGUGAGAGGCGUCAUUUUAAAAGCUCGGUGAUAGUGAUAGAAAUAUUUGUCAACAUAUCAAUAUAAUUAAUUUCGAUUCUCGUGAUGCAUCCUGUAUUUAAACAUCGAUAAUGUUUUAAUAAGUGAUUGUAAAAAAUAGAUAUUUCAUAAAGUAUUAUUAAUUUUUUUAUUUCGAAUUUAUUUACGCAAUUUUAACAUAUUGAAUAUAUUGUAUAUAAUGUAGUCCUAAAAAUAUUUUAAUGAUGUUAAAUUUUUAGAAUAUUUACUUAAAAUAUACUGUGUAUAGUUAAAAUGUGCCAAAUGAGACUAUGUUUUAACAUUUGAAUGAAUUUUUAACUUAUUGUUGAAUAUAUAUAAGUACUAAUUUUUUUGUAAAAACGUUUGAGAAUAAAUAUCAUUCAUUAUUCUCCA